AUAAACAGUAACUACACGUUGUCUUUACUAAAUACAGUACAAAAGCAAUGAAAAAUAGCAUUAAUAUUCACUUCAGAAAAGAUUUAUGAAAAAAUAUUUUGUUUAAAUAUCAAUCCAGUCAUCUACCAGUGGCUUUAUUUACAUAAUGGUCUAUAUUUUUUUCACUCUUUUGAUGUAUUUAGUGUUACUCUUUUUAUCUUCUGUAAAUCAGACAAUCUCUAACCAAUCAGUAAAGUCAUUUGAUUACUAAUUUAGUGGCCUAAAUUCAACAUCUUAUUUAACAUCCUUUCAUGACUGUUAGAAGAAAAGUCUGAUUAUUACCAUGGGAGGGGAUUGCAAUAUGAAUAACAGUCUAGGACUAAGUCAAAAUACCAUUUUUCAAAGAUGAAGCACUUAUUAAAAUACAUUUACCACUGCAAAACUUUUAAAAUUAGAGAUUUAGAUUACUGGUAAGCUUCAGUGAUAUGGAGAAACACAGUAGUCAUAGGUUUAUUCUGUUUUUGUGUUAGUAACUCCAUUAGAUCCUUAAUAACAUGGAGUAGAGCCUUAAUCCAUUAAAUACACUAAGCUAGAUCUCUAAAUUUUUUCGUGACAGAACAAAAUUCAGUUCUUUGGUGGGUUGAGGUACAUGGUUGCAAAUUUGCCUUUCUGUAUAAAUUAACACAAAUGCUGUAUAAAUUAAUUCAUACAAGUUCUUACUUCAGAUACACAGGAAAGAAAAGUUUCUAAGCUCUUUUAAUAUUCAAUGGCUAAACAUAACCAUAGCAGUUAAAAGUAAGUAUUCUGUCUAAACUGUUGUCUCUGAUUGCACUCUAGUAUUCAUGUAGUUUAAAAAAAACAUUUUUUUCUUUUGGCAUAUUAGUGCCCAUUACAUUUUCAGUCACCAUUAAGUUCACUUCUGUUAGCAAAGACUGAAGUAGAAUGCUGCAGGGUUUACUUCCUUAGCUGAUGUCCCGGCUUCAGUAUGAUGCUUUGGUUGCUUUGACACUAAAGGCCUUAGUUGGUCAUACUUACUCUGCAUAAUUGUAAAGAACGGUAUAGUAGCCAUGUGCCUUCCUGCCAAGACUGCCAGAGGGUAGAUCUACUUAUCAGUGGAAAUCAGAUUCAGUAGAUUUGUAAUUUAGCUUCUCUACUGUUGGGAUGGGAGAGAUUUUUUUUGCAUCAUCAGCUCCUGUAAUUCCACUUGAUCCAGCACCAAUUUUUUUUCAUAAACACACUGCUCUGGGCAGGAUUUCUGCACUCCAUGUAUUUCUAGUUUCCCAUCUGUAGUGGAAAUGCAGAGUCACAGCCUGAGGCACUGAUUGAGCACCUGGUGGGAAGGCAGGGCCAACCUAGAGCUCAGGUGCAUGCAAUGUACCUGAGUGACUAGAAGGGCUCGAGCCAGGAUCCACCCCUUGCCAGACAUCAUUUAACGGUUGGCAGUGGAGGUGAAGGCAUCUUUUGCCAGGGAUCCAUGCCUGCCUGAGGCCUUCCAAAGGCAAUUAACCAGAGGCUUACCCCAACCCAGAAAUUUACACCAAAAGACUUAAUUGCUGCAAUGAAAGCCCUAAAUGUGGAGCUCGGAUUAGUUAUCGAUUUAACAUACACCACGCGGUACUAUGAAGUGAAGGAUUUACCUAAAAGUGUGCAGUAUAAGAAACUUUAUACUGUUGGACUCGAAGUUCCUGAUAAUGCUACUAUUCUACAGUUCAAAAAAUGGGUCAGAAAAUUCCUAUGGGAAAACGCAAGAAAUGAAAAACUCAUUGGUGUCCACUGCACUAAUGGAAUUAAUAGAACUGGCUACCUUAUAUGUAGAUAUCUUAUAGACGUUGAAGGCUGGGAUCCAGAAGCAGCAAUCCAAGCUUUUGGUGAUGCUAGAGGUCAUUGCAUGGAUGGUCUUGUAUAUCUCACAGAUCUCAGAACACAACCAAUGAGAAGUAACCUUGGAAUGGAUGUAUGGGAUUCAGAGGAAGAUAUCAUUCCCCCACCAAAUGCAACAGAAGGACCUGUGGAGCAAUUUCCAAAUGAAGAUUUUCAGGGGUCUGGGAAAAGAUUAAGAGUUUAUGAUGACAACUCUCAUAAUAAUUUGCAAGGACAAACACAACUGAGAGAUUUUGAUUUCGUUAAUAAGGGACCUGGACGAAGACGAAGACCAUUUCAUGACCAUCAGACUCAGGAUGAUUUGAGAGCACCAAUGCAGAUGAGAAAUUGGGAUUACAAUAGGGGACCAGGACAGAGGCAAAGACCAUUUCCUGAUCACCAGUUUUACGAUGAUUACCAAGAAGAUACACAACUGAAAGACUUCAGUAACAACGGACCUGGACAACAACUGAGACAUUUUUAUGGACGGCAGUUUCGUGGUGAUUUACAGACAGAGAGACAAUCAAGGAACUUUGAAUUUAACAGAGGCCGUGGGCAAAGGCAGAGAUCUUUUCCUGACUGUCCAUCCCACAGUGAUUCACAGGAAGAUAUGAAGUCAAAGGAUUUUGAUUUUGGUAGCAGGGGCCGUGGCCAGAGGCAAAGGCUAUUCCACAAUCACCCAUCUCAUGAUCAGUUUCAGACUCCAAUGCAGUCAAAAGAGUUAGAUUGUGUCAAAAAAGGUCGUGGCCAAAGACUGAGACCAUCCCAUGACUAUCAGUCACAGCCCCAGAUGCAACUGGAAGAUUUUGAAUUUGUUAACAGGGGCCGUGGGCAGAGAUUGAGACCUUUCCGUGAUCGCCAACCUCACAGUGACUUACAAACAGAGAUGCAGCUCAAAGAUUAUGAUAAUAAAGGUUCUGGACAAAGGCGCAGACCUUUUCGUGACCAUCAGCCUUAUGAUGACUUACAGGAGCAGCCUCAGUUAAAAGACUUUGAUUAUGUUAAUAAAGGGCAAGGACAAAAAAGGUCAAGACCUUUCCAUGAUCAUCAUGUUCAAGAUGACCUGCCACGUGAGUGGUGUUCAGACAGAAAUCAACCUUUUUCUUUCCAUGAGAAUGUAUCAGAACCUCAGUUCUCCUCAUCUCCUUCACUUCACAGAGAUUAUGGAUCUGAUAAUGAUGACUUCAACAGAAGCUAUAGUAAUCGAGCAAGCUGUCCUGAAGACAAUAGGAGAGUGCAUCCUUCAGAUGAAUUUAACAGAGGAAAAAACAGAUUUGCACCAUAUUCUUCAUGUACGGUGCAUCCAUCCUCAUCUGCACACCAGGAAGAUAGCUCAUUAGACUAUGAAAUAAAAACUUUUGAAGCUGAAACUACUAGAGAAAUGGAACAAGGCAAAAGAUUACCAGUUGUAACAGUUGAUUACAAUUAUGGUCUGCCAUUAGAUUAUGGACCUGAAGAGGAGGAGAGAACACCUUAUGAUUUACCUCCAAGAGACCAUUACAGCUGGAACUGAAUAAAAAAAGGCACUGUUUCCUCAGCUUAAGCUUGCAUCAAUCAGUUUUACUUUGUAUGUUGACCAGGGUUGUUUUGGUUUUGGUUUUUUUACAUGUUAGGGAAACGCAAACUCCAGUAGUAGAGAACUGAUCUCUAUUGUAAGAUUAGUUUCUACUUCUGUAUUAGGGUAUUUGUUAAGUGUAGUUGGAGACAAGGUCUUGGCAUACAUGGGAUGAAAGUAGUCAUUCCUCUUAGCAAAACUGAAGCCAUGUACUCUAAACUAUACAACUUUGAGUGAUUAUAAUUGUAUUUUGUUUUACAUUUAUUUAAAAUGUAUGUAAUAGUAGGAUGCUAAAAUCAUAAUAAAAUAAUGCACUAUCAGGUAAACUAUCAUUAAGGUUAUAGAAAAAAGUACUAUGAAAUGAAAUAAAUUUGUCAAGUUCAUCUUUUAAUAAUAGCAGCUUGUUAUUAUUACUAGCAGUUAUUGCUAACAAUCUCUGCAGCAUUGCAGUUUAAUUCCAGUUUUUUCUGUACCAUCAACAGAACUCACCUAGGUGUGCAGUUUUUUUCUCAGACUGCUAAGAACUUGGAGGUGACUGGAGUUUUAAUAGUGCAAAUGUCAAACUUGUUUUUCAGCAACCUGAAUAUUUUAUGCUGUUUUUUUUCCUAAUCCCUUCAAUUAUAAAUGCUUCAGAAUAGCUCAAUGCAGAUGAAUUUCACAAUUUUCUUAGUAACACAUCCAAACGAGGCAGCUCACAUUUAUUAGCAGAUUGCCUUUCUCAGCUGUCCAAGAUUGCUUUUACCUAUGUUCUUAAACCUAUGUUCUUCCAUGUUUGUCAGUCAAAUGUGUCUCAUUCUUCAGUUCUGUUUUCUACUGACUUCCUUUUACAGCACAGCAAAGUAAGGUAAUCAGAAUGGAAGACUAACUUCUUCAGGUAAGUUGCUUUUAGAGUGGUGUAUUGCAGCAGUCUCUUUGAAUUGCCACUUCACCUGGGUCUCAGGAUAGUAGCGUAACAAAAAGUAACAAAAAUGAUGCUAGCAGAUGUACAGCUGCAGCUCAAGUCCUACAGUUAAGAAACUGCUUUAAAGCAAAAUAGCUGUAAAGCAGAGCAAGAGGAUAUAAGUCUACUCUAGAACACUGCAGAAAGAGUGUGUUCAUGGCAAGAACUCCAUAGAGCUGUUCUGCCUUUUGACUAGCAGCAUGAAAGACAUCUGAAUUCAAGGGUCUACGACUGCUAUGUAAGGACUAGAUUUAGGAAGUUUGGAACAUCUGGCAACUCUUGAUUUUUAACACAUGCAAGAAGUUCUAAAAACAAAGGAUUCUGUGCAUAUAAAUUCAAAGUGCAAAUAUUUCAUUGCCUGUGCAACUGGUAGAGCAACUUUGGUUUUGUUCAUUAUACGAAGUAAAUCAUUCCCUCAUUUUUAGAGCAGCUAGCCAAUAGUAUUUCACAUUAAAUCUAGCUUUGUGAGCCUCAUUCGUAUGCGCUCAGGAAUGAAGCUAUCUGAAUGUAAUGCGAUUUUUGGAACUGAGUACUAAAUGCGAAGAAAAAGGAUCAUUUCUUCAUUUGCUCUUUUAAAAUGAAGAGUAAAAUGAAAGUCUUUGUCUAUGCUACCUUAUUUAGGGGAAAGGAAGAUCUGAAACUUGAGCUACCAUAUAGCCAGAUUCUUAAAAUAAUAACAAAACGCCAACAAGGAAAAAAAUCUUUGUGGUGGUCUUCAUGAGAGAAUUAAGAUUCAUGGAAUGGUAUUAUAAGCAUUUGUUCUCUUCUUACACUAUGUAUGCAGUUUUCAUAAAGUGAAUAAAGAGCAAAUAUUUGCUCUUUAUGUUUUUUGGAUUUGAAGUACAUCUUCAGGAUUGAAAUGACUCUACAGUCAAUCCUUUCUUACUAAAGUCUGGGGAGCUGAAUGGCUGAAGAGCUGGUGCAAUGCAAAGUUUCACACGAUGAGAAAUGUGGCAACUCCCUCAGGAAUUAGGAUG